AUGAAGAUAUUCGCUGGAUCUCAAAGAAGCUUCUCUACAGUAAGCUCGUUGUUCAGAGAAUGGAGAUUAGUCGAGAGCAGACAGGUUCCUGCUCCUAAGGAGUACAAGGUUGGUGACGUGAAGCCCUUAUACAUUCCAAAGGAAAAGAAGGAGUUUCCAGAAUACCCAUAUGGUGAAUCUCCAAUCUAUAAGCAAAGCAAUAAGGGAUUGUAUGGUGCAUCUUUCAUCCAGUUCGGUAACAACAUCCCAGAAUCGAAAACGAAAACAAGACGUUCAUGGAGUCCCAACGUGAUCAGAAAGGGUCUUUGGAGUGAAACAUUGAACAGAAAGAUUAGUAUUAAGAUGACAGCCAAGGUUUUGAGAACAGUGACGAAGGAAGGUGGUAUUGACAACUACUUGACCAAGGAAAAGGCUGCCAGAAUUAAAGAAUUGGGACCCACUGGUUGGAAAUUGCGUUAUAGAAUCCUGCAAAGCAAAGAACAGGCUAAAACACCUGUCCACAAGGACGCAGAAACUGUUGUCGAUGCCAAUGGCAAUGAAGUGACCGUUUUAUUCAAGGUCACGGUCGAUGGUGAGCCAUUGAGAAUCACUGUUGGUAAGAGAAAGCUACUGCACUCGUUAUACCCAUUGGAGAAGAUGGAGCACAAGGCUGAUGGGAUGUUUUUGUCAUAUAAGAAGUUUUUAGAAGACUAUGCCUCUCGCGAAGUCGCGGAUAUUGUGUCAAGACUCAAAGAGUUGAAGUUCGACUUGAGCACAAUCACCGUAUGA